AUGGCUUCAACAGUUCCUCCUGAAGUUACCAAAAGAUCCAAAAAUAGAACAACUAGUUUCAAAAGUGUGAAAACAUUAUCAGAAUCUCCAGAUUUCAACUCUAUUCCAUCCUCAUACAAAUUCACCACCAACCCACAUGACAAAAAUGAAAUAGUAGCAGACCCAGAUGAGAAUGAUCCCAUCCCAGUUAUUGAUUAUUCCCUCUUGGCUACACCUGAUAAGCGGGCCAAAACUAUUCGUGACAUAGGCAAGGCUUGUGAAGACUGGGGAUUCUUCAUGCUAAUCAAUCACUUUGUUUCAAAGAGCCUCCUCGAGAAAAUGGUUGAUCAAGUUUUUGCUUUCUUCAAUCUCAGAGAGGAAGAGAAGCAAGAGUAUGCAGGUAAGGAAGUAGUGGAUCCAAUAAGGUAUGGAACCAGCUUCAAUGCUUCAGAAGACAGAGUCUUGUUCUGGAGGGAUUUCGUCAAAAUCAUCGUUCAUCCGGAGUUUCACUCACCGGUCAAGCCUUCUGGAUUCAGGGAAACAUCGGAAGAGUAUAGUAGAAGAACAUGGAAAUUAGGAAGGGAAUUACUGAAAGGAAUAUCAGAAAGCUUAGGAUUGGAAAUCAACUAUAUAGACAGAACAAUGAAUCUAGAUUCUGGUUUGCAAAUGUUGGCUGCAAAUCUUUAUCCUCCUUGUCCUCAACCUGAACUUGCAAUGGGAAUGCCACCGCAUUCUGAUCACGGCCUCUUGAAUCUCCUCAUACAGAAUGGAGUUAGUGGCCUUCAAGUUCUUCAUAAAGGCAAAUGGAUCAAUGUCAGUUCCACUUCAAACUGUUUCUUGGUCCUUGUGUCUGAUCAUCUUGAGAUUAUGAGCAACGGAAAAUACAAAAGUGUAGUACAUAGAGCAGUGGUGAGCAAUGGAGCAACUAGAAUGUCGUUGGCAACUGUUAUUGCACCAUCGUUGGAGACUGUGGUUGAACCAGCUUCAGAGCUACUAGACAAUGAAAGAAAUCCAGCAGCAUAUGUUGGGAUGAAACACAUAGAUUACAUGAAACUUCAACGAAGCAACCAGCUUUAUGGGAAGUCUGUGCUUAACAAAGUGAAAAUCUGA